UUGAAAGUCUGCACAUAUCUGUUCCUGUCCCGCCCUGUCAUAUCGAGUAUGACUUGACCUCGGGUCUCAUUGAGGCUGGUGAACGCUCACCAAUGAAGAAGUAAUCUGUGUCAUUGACACAUUCUGAGUAGCACGCCUUUCGGACGCACCUGAGCUAGUGUCCAAUAUUUAAAUAAGUGACUUCCCUGCCGUUUGAGGCGUCUUUUAAGUGCCGUGAAAAGUGAAAGUGGAUCUACUUUGAUUACUCUAGUAGUUUGGGAUCCGUUGCUUGUCUCCGCGACAUCAUCAUGGACAGCCAGUGACCCCAAUUCUUCACCUCAAUUACAGAAACAGAGAAGAAAUGGGAUAUGAUUAGGUGUUGGAAAUCUUCAGCUUAACAAAGCUCAUCAAUGUUUUCCUUCACAGAAUAUCUGCCAUGCUACAUGGGAAGGCUCGAAACUCCUCCCUACUCUUGUUCCUUAUCAUCGACAUCAUCCUUGCCUUCGUCCAUGCUCACUCCUACCCCAGUUUUUCCCGUGACGACACAGAAUUCCAGCACCUGGUCCUUCACCCGGACCCUUCCAUCGGCAAAGUGUACGUUGGUGCCAAGGACCACAUCUUCCAGCUGGAUGGAUUAGAUGGACUACGUCUAGAGCAAGAGGAGAAGACUGGUCCCGUGAGUGACAGCAAAGACUGCAUUCCUCCCGUCACUAAGUCCAACUGCCCCCAGGCUAGAAGAACCAAUAACCAUAACAAAUUACUGCUGGUGGAUCCCGUUGCUUUAGAGUUGAUCACCUGCGGCAGUGUUUACCAAGGAACCUGCCAGAAACGGAGUCUGGCGUCGAUCAAUGAGGUUCUUUUCUCAACCGAGAGGCCGGUGGACACACAGUACGUGGCAGCAAAUGAUCCAUCAGUAUCAACCGUGGGGCUUGUGGUGGGGCUUCCGGAUGGGCAAAGGACUGUGAUGUACGUGGGAAGGGGUUACACUGCCAGCCAGCCACCCAUUUCCACCAGACACCUUUCUUUUGAGCCGUUCUUUUCCUAUGAGGAGACAGCCAAGCUUGCUGUAGCCGGGCGUCUGUCGGAGUACGACCACCACUUUGUGACCACAUUCACACGGCGGAGUUAUGUCUACUUCUUGUUUUACCGGCGAGACAUCAAGUCAUCAUCCAGGGAGUACCAGACCUAUGCUGCUAGAGUUUGCCUUGAUGACACUUCUUACUAUUCCUAUGUGGAAGUACCGCUUGUUUGUAGAUCCUCAUCCUCUAGAGUGUACAACCUACUCCAAGCAGCUCAGGUGGGCCACGGAAGAGACAGGGAUGGUGAGGACCUGAUGGGGGUCUUCUCCACCCGUGUCAGCUCGGCAAACCAAAAUCCCUUGGAUGGCUCCGCUUUGUGUGUCUUUUCUUUGGAUGAACUUGACAAACAUAUUGACACAACACGAGACCUGUGUUACACCCGAGAUGGGAUGGCGCAGCAUGGAGGAGAAGUGUCCUACAUAGAAUAUGAGGUCAAGUCAAGCUGUGCCAAUUUACCCACGAACACCCUACAAGCAUAUCCCUGUGGCUCCGAUCACACCCCGAGUCCAAUGGCAAGCCGGGUCCCUCUAGAAGCCAAGACUGUGUGGCAGACCUUGUCCACCCACCUCACUGCUGUGGCUGUCAACGUCCGUGAAGACCACAGCAUUGCUUUCCUGGGAGACUCCAAAGGGACCCUGCACAAGGUAUAUCUGGGUCAAGAUGGCCAAGUGGAGGUGUAUGCCAACGCAACCAUCCAGCCUAACUCCCCCAUUAACAGUGACCUACUCCUGGACCAGAAGGGCACACAUAUCUACAUUAUGACCAAAACGACUGUCGAGAAGCGGCCAGUGGCAGAAUGUGGCGAUCACAUGGAUUGCCAGUCUUGUCUUUCUGCUAAUGACCCGUACUGUGGCUGGUGUGUCCUGGAGGGACGGUGUGGCCAGCGCUGGGAGUGCCGGCGAGGGUCAGAGAAGGGUCAGUGGCUGUGGAGUUUCAAUCAGACGCAGCAGUGCCUCAGCAUCCAGCAUCUUAGCAUGUACAACAUCAGCCGUGGGGAGAAAACUGAUAUCACGGUGUCAGUGGAUGGACUUCCUAGUUUGGGAGAUGAAGAGGCUUACUCGUGCUUCUUUCAUGACACGGAGACUCCUGCUGUGUUUACAAACACUGGUGUGGUAUGUCCCACCCCUGAUGCCAGCAGUUUGCCCCCCAUUGAAUAUGGAGAUGAGUUUGUCAUGGUGAUUUUGUCCCUACGUUUCCUCAACGUGACCGUCGCAGAGACAGAGUUCACCUUGUAUGACUGCAGCCUGGUACAGGAACUCUCUGGACGACGGCCGUGCCAAGGGUGUGUAAGCAGUCGCUGGGGGUGUAACUGGUGCAUUCAUGAGCAUGUCUGCACACACAGACACACCUGCAGCCGAGGAGUCACUAUUUACAACCAAAAUUUCAAACCGCCGACACCCACCUUCCCACCACCCACCAGAAAACAGACCACUUUAUCCCCGACUGUGACAACUGCUACUACAACAACAGUAACAGCAACACAGCCGCCAUCCACCAUUCCUCCUGCUGCCACCACAGUGACCCCCACCGCUCUAUACAGCGAGUCCACAUCACACCUUCCGCAGGACAUGACUCCCACCUUCACGGGGACGACCAGCCUGCACACGGAUUUCAGCGUCACAGACCGGUCCCCUUCUCUGACCACAACUUCUCGUUUUUUAGAGGAUGAGACUGUUGAUUGGUUGCUCGAAAGUGCUGACAACACACCUUAUACUACAUCACCAAGUGGCCCAAUAGACUCCGAAGCAGAGCCCUCUGGGUCUUCUUCUGGUGUAAGCUCAACCACAUCCAGUGAAGUUGUUACACUAACUGAAGUAGCAAACAGUGAUUCCUCUGAGGGGAUCCUUGUGGUGGGCUCUGAGGAAAGUGACGGCUCUCUAUGGAUGAAGGAGUGGCCCGAGGUGGAGGCAGACGGGAAGUCACUCCAUCACGAAAACCUCACCUUUACACAAUCACCAGACACUGUUAUUAAACCCAACACUGAAGCAAAUUACCAAGGAGAUUCCUCUGUUGGUUCUUACUUGAUGGACUGUCCCUGUGUGGAGAAAGUCGAGGAGUCGUCCCUCCUUCCUGUCAAUGUUGAGAGGAAAAUCACGCUAGUGGGAAGACACCUCCACCUGUUUCAGGAUAAGCAUCUGGAUUACGAGUGUGUGCUGGACAUUGAGAAUCGAUCAGUGGUGGUUGAAGCAAUUGUGGAGCCAGAUGACAAGCAGCAGUCGGUCUUCUUGAUCACGUGCAAAUCAUACCAGUUUGCUUAUUCUGUCCUGAUGGAGGAAUAUCCAGCUGUGAUCAAUGUGAGGAGGAAAGAUAACUUCCCCAUCGACAGCGCUGAUGAUCUUUUUGUGACUCUGUUCAACUGUGCCGUGGGGAGGGCCGACUGCAGUCGGUGUCGUACCGCCGACCCCAAGUACGGCUGUGUGUGGUGCAGCGGUCCUUCCGACUCCCAUUGUGUCUACCACCAGUCUUGCACUGAUGAUGUGAAGCACACCUGUCCUGCGCCUGUCAUUCACUUUUUGGAUCCUGUGUCGGGACCCACAGAGGGAGGCACCCUGGUAACGAUUUCAGGCUCCAAUCUCGGCCAGAGGGCUGAAGACAUCCAGAACUCUGUCACAGUUGCCGGGGUUCCUUGCAAUGUCAUAAACAGCAGAUAUGAAGUAUCCUCAAGGAUUGUGUGUGAGACGGCGAGGAGCGACGGAGAAACAAGCGGUCAGGCUUCAGUCCGAGUGAGGGGAGGAGGUCUUGGACGGUCAGAUCAGACUUUCAGCUUUCAGGAUCCCACACUGAGCGGCAUCUCUCCCCAGAGAGGACCCAAGGCGGGGGGCUCAUCCGUCACCAUCAAAGGUCGUAGCCUCAAGACGGGCCACCCAAGUGACGUCAAUGUCCUCAUCGGAGGAGUUCCAUGUAUGGUGCUCAACAUCGAUGAGGAUCAGAUUUGCUGCCAGACCAGAGGCAGCAACAGGACUGGAAGACAUGGUAUCACUGUGCGGUUUGGAGGGGCGGAACGCCACCUACAGGGUGUAGUGUAUCAUUACACCCCCAACCCAAACAUCACAUGGGCUGCACCGUCCAGAAGCUUUCUUAGCGGAGGCAGAAUCAUCCGAGUGUCUGGCCAAAACCUGGAUGUGGUCCAAGAGCCAAAGAUGCGGGUUACCCUCAGCCCGCCUGAUUCUCUACCUCCCAGGAGGAGGCGGAGCACCAAUCAGGGGACUGAAGCACAAGACAAACAGAAGCCACUGACGCGACGACGGAGGAUCGUCCCAGACGUGGACUGCUCUCACGGUGCACUAUGCCAUGUCAAGCAGUACGAGACUCGCUGCACAGUCAACAGCUCCUCCCUCAUCUUGUGUCCAACGCCAGCCGUGGGUCCGGAUGCCAGGAGAGCCAGGGUCAAAGUUCAUUUCUUGCUGGACAGUCUCCAUUUUGACUUUAACAUUGUGGGCAGUGAAACUUUCAGCUAUGAACCCAACCCCAAACUGUACAUGCUCAACCAGGAUGACCCCAACAAACCGUACCACCACAAACCUGGCAGCAUCAUCUCUGUUGAGGGAGAGAACCUGGACCUGGCCAUCUACAAACACGAGGUGGAGGCCCGAAUUGGGGAAGGCAUAUGUUCCGUGAAAACCCUGACCCACAAUCAUUUGUACUGUGAACCACCAACCAAGCAGCCAUCAGUGGCAGCCAGCCACAAAAAGGAUGUUAUGGACAGCCUGCCUGAGUUCACGGUGAAAAUGGGCAACUUGAACUUCUCCCUGGGUAGAGUUCAGUAUGACAGCCAAGCACUGUCCAUAUUCCCCUUGGAGGCUCAGGUGGGAGUUGGGGUGGGGGCCUCCAUAGUGGCUCUCAUUGUGCUCAUCAUAGUCCUCAUUUACAGGAGGAAAAGCAAACAGGCCAUGAGGGACUAUAAGAAGGUACAGAUUCAGCUGGAGAAUCUGGAGACCAGUGUGCGAGACCGCUGCAAGAAGGAGUUCACAGAUCUGAUGACAGAGAUGAUGGACAUGUCCAGUGACUUGGUGGGCUCAGGUAUUCCCUUCCUGGACUACAGGGCCUAUGCCGAGCGCAUUUUUUUCCCAGGCCACCAGGAGUCACCACUGAGACGGGAUCUGGACGUACCGGAAAGCCGCAGGCAGACUGUGGAGCAAGGCCUGGUUCAGCUGUCUAAUCUGCUUAACAGUAAACUGUUUCUCACCAAGUUUAUUCACACUCUGGAGGCCCAGCAGACAUUUUCCCCGAGAGACAGGGCCUAUGUAGCAUCACUGCUGACUGUGGCCUUGCAUGGUAAACUGGAGUACUUCACGGAUAUACUGAAGACGUUGCUCAAUGAUCUGGUGGAGCAGUAUGUGGCAAAGAACCCCAAACUGAUGCUUAGAAGAACUGAAUCAGUGGUUGAGAAGCUUUUGACAAACUGGAUGUCAAUUUGUCUUUUCAACUUCUUGCGGGAAUCAGCAGGAGAGUCCUUCUACAUGCUGUUCCGGGCAAUAAAGCACCAGGUGGAUAAGGGACCUGUGGAUGCCGUUUCAGGAAAAGCCAAGUACACUUUAAACGACAACCGUCUGCUACGAGAGGACGUAGAGUACCGUAGCCUGACCCUAAAUGUUGUGAUGCCCGCCGCCAUUGGAGGCACCUCCACCCACACGAUGCCCGCCAAAGUGCUAGAUUGUGACACCAUCACUCAGGUCAAGGAGAAACUCUUGGACCAAACUUGGAAAGCAACGUCCAUCACCCGGAGGCCGCAUGCUGACUCCUUACACCUUGAGUGGCGCUCAGGUGUGGCUGGUCACCUGAUCCUGUCAGAUGAGGACCUGACCUCAGUGGUGCAUGGCUCCUGGAAACGUCUCAAUACGUUACAGCACUAUAAGGUCCCAGAUGGGUCAACGGUUGCUCUUGUCCCAAGAAACACAAAAAAUCACCUCCAUGACAGCCAUGAUUACAUGCCUGGAGAGAAGACUCCUAUGCUGGAUGAUGGCGAGGAAGGAGGCAUUAAGUUGUGGCAUCUGGUGAAAGCGAGCGAGGAGUUGGAGCUGCCCAAACACAGGAGGGGCAGUGUGAGGGAGAAGGGUGGGGAGAGAGCCAAGGCAAUCCCUGAAAUCUAUCUUACUCGACUUCUUUCCAUGAAGGGCACACUGCAGAAGUUUGUGGAUGAUUUGUUCACGGCCAUCCUCAGCACCAGCCGUCCCGUCCCUCUGGCUGUCAAAUACUUUUUUGACUUGUUGGAUGAGCAGGCCCUGCAGCACAACAUCACUGACCCAGAGACCAUCCACAUAUGGAAAACAAAUAGCCUACCGCUUCGAUUUUGGAUCAACAUCUUGAAGAAUCCACAGUUCAUCUUUAACGUGCAGACAUCAGACCAUGUGGAUGCUGUGCUCUUCGUCAUUGCUCAGACCUUUAUGGAUUCCUGCACCAUCGCUGACCAUAAACUGGGACGGGACUCCCCCAUCAACAAGUUGUUGUACGCCAGAGACAUCCCACGCUACAAACAGAUGGUGGAAAGGUACUAUGCAGACAUCCGUCAGACCAUCUCAGCCAGUGACCAGGAGAUGAACUCGGCUCUGGCGGAGCUCUCCCGUAACUAUGCCGGGGAGGUCAACUUCUUGGUGGCUUUGCAUGAGCUGUACAAGUACAUCAACAAGUACUACGAUCAAAUCAUCACCGCCCUGGAGGAAGACUGCACAGCCCAGAAGAUGCAGCUUGGCUACAGGCUGCAACAGAUUGCUGCUGCUGUAGAAAACAAAGUGACUGACCUAUGACCCUACAUACAUCCCCAUACAUUUUUCCCUUUUGCCACAAAGACUUUGACUUGAACACAGUCCAACUUUAUAUUCAAAAAUAUGAAAAAGAAGCAUUGUGGCGCACAAACAAGACACUCCAUGUUGUCAAAAGGAAACCGUAAGGACGAAUGUUUGGUAUUUCUUGGUGGAACUUGAUAUAGAACCACAUAGACAUUCCUGCAAAUGUAUAUAAAUACAUGCAUCGGUCCUCAGAAGAGCAAUGGUGAAGAUACAAUGGAUGUUCUGGAUGAAGAAAAGGAAGAUGACAUAAAAGAUGACUUGAGGGACUACCGUACCCAUACGGAUUUUAAAGUCUUACAAGGAACUAUCUCACCUUUUUUUUGCAAUCUGCUUGCAGUCAUUUUUACUCAAAUGCAGACCCAUUAUAUUCCUAUUGGACUGCUAUUGUUUCAUGCAAUUCAUUUCAGUUUCCAAUCCGUCCUAUGUAAAAUAUGUUACACUAAUUAGGCUUUUUACCUUUUGAGUGGUUAAAAACAUUGAAUGCAUCUUUUGAAAGCUAGUCAUUCAUUCUUUUUUUUCAAAUUUUGCCCAUUUUAUGUUAGAAAACAUAAAGUGGCAUCAGUAGUUGUCUUAAAAACAAUAUUUUGUAUGGAUUAGGAAUGUGUUUAUAUUUGCAAACAGUGAGGUGUUACUUUUACAGAAGACAUCUUUUUAUUGUUGCCGUUAGCAUUUAGCACAAAGCACCUGUAUGCCAAUGAACACUGCCUUUUAACGCAGUUUUGUUCACUCCAACUGGAGCCCAAUGAGACAAAUGUGGUUUAAACAUUGGAGAAAAACAGCUUUAGUUUAUUUAGUUGAAUUUGAUGAUGUCGUUUUAUGUUAGUUUGAUGAAGGUACCUUUUUGUUCGUUAGCUUUUACAAAUGUAAUUUAUUUUUUAUUUAUUUAAUUGCUUAUGUCGGCAAGACAAUGUUGAUUUAGUGUCCCCUUUCGAAGUCAUCUGGUACUUAUUUUUCUUUUUAAGAAAAAACAAUUCACUCAUUAUUUUUUUACGUUGAGUUGUUUUAAGAUAUGAAGUAUUUACUGUGACUUAAAGUCAAAUUCACUGUUUUUUUUGUGCGUGGUAUUUCUUAAUACAAUUGCAAGCGCUCACCUUGUAAAUACAACCUUUUAGUGUUGCCUGUAGUUUGGAUGCAAACUUGCUUUCUUUAACUGUUGUGACUGUGGAUUCCAGUAGCUACACACGUUCCUAAAUAAUCCUGAGUCU